GUAUUUUUGAAUGUCAUCAUAGGCAGUCUGUUCCUUGGUGGGGCUCUUCCAAAUUUCAGAUAUUUCUUCGCGGCCAAGACAUCUGCGCAGGACGUCUUCGAAGUCAUAGAACGCAAACCUCCUAUCGACAAUCGCGGUGGUGGUUUGAAACCCGAAUUGUUUUUUCAACAACUACGUUUUGAGGAUGUCUCAUUUGCCUAUCCAACUCGUCCAGAGAAUAUGGUCCUGGAUAGACUGUCGUUGGUCGUUGAACAAAACCAAACAGUCGCGUUUGUCGGGCCAAGCGGUUGUGGUAAAAGCACCGUUAUGCAUCUUCUGCAGCGUCUGUAUGAUCCGGUCAGUGGCAAAUUUAAUUGA